AUGAAUGAGACGAGGAUUCCGAGGAUCUUUCCUGAACGUUCAUCGGGGAGCGGACACACCUGUAGCACCCCACAUCACACAAGUGUUGUUGACACCACUCUCUCAAAACGGGUCUGCUUCUACAAAAGUGGAGAUCCUCAGUUCAACGGUCUGCGUAUGGUGAUCAACAACAGGACUUUUAAAACCUUCGAUGCCCUCCUUGAUAGUCUGUCUAAAAAGGUUCCCCUGCCUUUUGGGGUGAGGAACAUCACCACGCCUAGGGGGAUCCAUGGAGUCUAUAGUUUGGAUGAACUGGAGGAUGGAAAGUCAUAUAUCUGCUCUGAUUACAGUAAGGUAAAACCUAUCAAUUUGGCUCUGGCCAAGAAGAAAAUGCUGCCUUGGUACCACGCAAGACCUGUUAACUCUCAACGUUGGACAGCGCAGCAGGUUCGGAUAUACCCCGGCCGGAAUGCUCUCAAGCAGGAGCCGGUGGUUCUAAGAACACCAAAGAGGCUGCUGGUUUUUCAGAAUGGUGACCCUUCUAUAAGACACACAGUCAUUCUUCGAAAGAGGACUAUGCCCACGUUUGAGUUUAUUCUGGAAUAUAUUUCAGAGUUGAUGCAGUACCAAGUGGUGAAACUAUACACAGGCGAUGGCAGACGUGUGGACAGUCUCCCAGGCUUGAUAUUGUGUUCUGGGACUGUAGUGGCUGCAGGCAUGGAGCCUUUCAAAGCUGCAAACUAUAUUGCACAUAUGACACAGUUUGUGACAUGGCUUCCUACCAACCGAAUGGGUCUUACAAGACUGAAGUCUGCAAACCGAAAAAAGAAGCCUGUAUUGUACACAGCAAGGGCGAGACAUUUCUCCCCGUCUUCGGAGAGGUACGUCGUGAAUCGGAUUCAUGACUCCCUCGCAGAAAGUUCUUGUGACCAUCACAGCAAUCCUGCAAAUUCUGUGGAGUUGGAGUCGAGUCACAUAAUUGAUUCUUUAGCAGAAACGGAGGGUGAGACUGGCCUCUGUGACGGAGCUGAAGGGCAGGACUGUGUGCUCCCCACUGAUGAUGACAUUGAGAAAUCCUUUAGGGUGAAUCAAGAUGGCAGCAUCUCUGUGGAGAUGAGGGUACGAUUGACAAUUAAGGAAGAAGAAACCAUCCAAUGGAUGACCACUCUCACACGAGCAAGUGUGGCCAAUCACAUUGAUGCAACCUCAUUACAUGAACUUCAGCCAAAGCAAGAGGUGAGCUUGCAGAAACCAAACCCACUAGAUGCAGCAAACCCUGAUGGCUGCAUUGACAUUAUCAAGAAUGUUUCAUCUUCACUGGAAAAUGGGCUCGACAGUGAAAGCAGCAAAGAAGAGGAUAAGAUCAAAACACAGAUGGAUGUGAUGUCUCCAAGGAAAGCUCUGACCCCAGGAUCUAGACAAGAUAGAACAAAGCAAGCCUCUGUUGAGAGUAUCACGUCAGACACAGCGGACGGGAUUCAGGAAGGUAUAGUUGGCUCGUACUCCUAUAAAGAACAGACAGAAGAUGGCGCAUUGACGGAGUAUUGCAUGGUCAAGCAGAAUAACACCAAACCAGUACCUAAGCCAAGAAGAUUCGGCUCAGAGGAUGGUAGCAGUAUCAACAACAUGAAUGUAUCCACAUUCAAAACAGCAGGGAUGACCGAAAUCCAACAGACUGAAUCCAGCAGUGAGGAGGUCACCAAAUCGGUUUUACAAAUAAAUGAACUGCAGACCUUCCAAGAUAAUUUCCUUUCAAAUGUUUGUGCACAGGGUGUGCCUAAUACUGGGGCUCCUCCUGAUGGACCACCUACUUUAAACAAAGCACACUUCUACGAGAAUGAAUUUGAAACUAAGCCUGGAAAAGCCUCAACAGUGUCGGAAUCCACUUGUGUCUGGGGGGGUGAGAACCUGUCAGUAACAUGGGACGUGAACCCAAAAACUAGGGCAAUGCAAGCAACUAGUGUUCAGGGAAAAACCGCUACACUCACUAAAAGCAAAGAGAAGCCUUCCCAAAGAGAGGUCAGUAAAGAUAAGAAGAGAUCCUCAAAAGGGACCAAGAAAGGUGUUUAUCGAAUUUUGUCACCAGGAAAAACACCAAAAGAGCCUCAGAACACCACCCGAAAACAAAAGAAAAUGAAACCAUUUUCUAGCACUGGAUUCAUUAAGAGAAUUUAUGGUAAUAAGUCAAAAUCUGCCAAAAGUACAACAAAGGUUAAAAAAACAAUACAAAACAAAAACAUGGGCAUUCCAACACAAAGCUUACAACUUCUUGAUGACAUCAUUAAAUGUACAAUCAAAGACCUAAAUACACCAACACAACUGACUGACUAUGUAAGUGACACAUUUCUUUUGGAAACUCCCUUACACCAGCCAAGGGGGUUAUUGAGACGGCAAACAUCAAUGCAUCAGGAUAAUAAAAAUGAAAAGGAGUCCGAUUAUGUCCACAGUACCUUGUCACAGCCUGCUUUUAAUUCGUCCAGCUCUGUCACCAAUGAAUAUGUGGCCAAAUGGCUGAAGAACGCACAUCUAGACCCCGCUAUAUACACAGAUGAGGAAAGUAAAAAAAGUGACCCUGUAGCUCAUCAAGAAACAGACAGCACCACGUCUGUGGAGUUAGAAAGUAAUCACAGCUUGAACACUACGGCACAGGAAGGAAAAUGUUUAGAGGAGAAAUCAGAAAUACUAACAUGUCCAACUGUUAAAGGUGACCCCAUGGUGGAGAAUUUGCUUGGAACUUUGAUAAAACAGAGAGUUCAGUCAUUUGAAAGUCAGUUAGUAUCAUCAAACCCACUCAAUGAGAAGACAGCUGUCUCUAAUCACACAUCUGUUUUAAAUACAGAAAACAAUACAGAAGAAAAACUUUUUUCAAAUGGUGCCUCUUCUCAAAUUAACUCACUCAUUUGCAACUUUUUGAAAGGAAUGCCAUCAGAAUCACAACAAACUGCAAAACCAUCCAACAGGUGCUCAUUGGUGAAUCCACCACCAGGAGCUCCACCAUCUGCUGAAAACAUUGGUGGGGAAAUGGAGCAAUCAAACACUGAGCCUUCAGCAGGCAGUAGUCCAUUAUACAGGCUGUCAUCAAUGAGCAGUCAAACAACAGACACUAAUACAGUAACGUGCAGUGCUACAACUGACUGGACCGUAUCAACCACUGACCACAAAGGCAUUCCUUCCACGCCAAACAGAGCAUCAAUACCAAGAACCUCAUCUAUUAAAAGAACCCCACUGGUCAGUAAUCUAUCCCUUGAAAGGAAAAUGUCUCUCAGAAAGGCAUGUGUAGAUAAAUAUGCUUUAAGCAGUGAUGCUACAUUGGAAAAAGACACAUCAUCUCUCCCAGUUAACAUUGCAGGAGAAAAUAUGCUGUCCAACAGUUCAACAGGGCUACAAAGACCAAAUGAAACUUUAACAGAAAACAAUCGCCACACAGAGAGCAACUUAGAUUUGAAGAGCAAUCCGUCAUGCUGCACUUCUGCAUCUCCUAUGAGUUUAACAUCAAAAGACCGAGCAUCGACAACCAGCAUUUCAUCAACUGAGGCGUUGAUAUCAAGUGAUCUUCCGUUUAACAAGGUAAAAAUUAUGAAAACACAACCACAUGUGUCAGCUCUAACAGAGGCAUCGUCACAUAAACCCUUGGCGAAACAUGUAAAACUAAUAAGCAGUCCAUCACCAGAAAGGAGAAGUCCAAUCAAGAAAUCUAUUCCAGAAAAAUCUAAACUUCAAAAUAACUCUGCAAAAUCAUCACCAUCACUUCCAAAUAACCAUCGCGCUGACACAACUGCAUCACGGAAUACUGGGAUACAAAAACGUACAACUCCAAAUGCUAGCCCAUCUACCAACAGAAAACAGGUACCUCAGAAACCCCGCCUGCAAACAAAACUCUCUCCAUAUUCUCAGUCUAUAGAUAUGGUGUCACCACCUCAAAGACACAAAUCCAACACAAAGUCGCUCUCCAGGCAUACCUCCUUAGACAGCGCAGCGGAACUUGCCAAUAAGAAGCAGAAAAAAUCCUCACCCCGUAAAAAAACAACUUCAACGAAACCAAAAGCUGAACUGAAAAAAACACUCAACAGUGACAAAUGCACACAAGUGACUGAUGACAUUAAAAAUGUUCAAGGUAAAUCCGUAAUAGAAACACAGCCAUUACCAACAACAAGCCAGCCAAGUACCAAUCCUGUGCUUCACAAGAUCUGCUUUUCCAUUAAGUCAAUUCGACAAAUCUCACAAAGCAAAAGGCCUGACAGCGUCCCCGACUUCUCUUCUCAUGUGGCAUCUACAUUUGGCUCAUCGUCCAAAGCUCUUCUUGCUUUUCUGUCUGUCAUGACAAUAAAAGAUAUCAUAAUUAACUUUAAUAUGUACGAGAUCAAUGUAGCCAAUGCCAGCUGUGCAGAAGCUUUAAAAAUGAUCGAUUCUCUUAGAGAAAUUGCAGGUAUCGAAGAGUCUCAGAAGUUAAAACUUAGCUUGGCAAAUUUACAACAGUCAGCCUCAAAAGAGCUCCUGCAAAGCUGGAAGAGCUUUCAGGAACUCUGUGACACAAAAUGCAAGAAUCAACAUUCUACUCCAAAUUAUUCAGUGCAAGCACUCGGAAUUCGGGCUGGUCCUCCUCAAGACUGCGGCAUUGAUGAAUACGUUGAUGAGAUAAUGGGCAAACUCGACAUCCCUGAGACUCUCAAGGAGGAACUGGCUUCUCUUUCAGUGCCCAUUGGAAGUGAGCGUAUCGAUGAAGACCAGAUGACCACCAAGGAAAUCGAUGAUGCAAACAUAGACCGUUUCUUCAUCGACGAUGCUCUUAAUACCACGGAUGCUACUGAGAGUUUCGUCAUUAAAACAUUCACAGAUAUUACACAAUCCAACAUAUGUGAAAUAGAGGGUCGGACUGAGCAGAAAACCCAAGAGGAGAUUUAUCAAUUAUGUCCUAAGGUUGGGGCGAAGUAUCUCAUAUCUGUGGAAAGCACGCCUGGACCUGGAAAACAACUUACGCAUGACAAGUUGUCCACAGAUGAGGAGGUUCAGAAUAUGUCAAGUGCGAAUAUGAUGAUAUGCACAGGAAGCACAGCUAGCUCAGAGCAACAUGAGAGACAUAUGUCUGAAGAACAAGCUGAAUGUGACAAAGAGGACAAGAAACCAAGCACCAAACACUAUGUGGAACUUGCAGCGCGCAGCAAAGACAGUUUGUCGAGUGAUAACAUUGACAAUGGGUUUCUGUCAGAGGAAGAGCAGUCAGAGGGUGAACGUGAUGGGCUGAGAAAUGUAGCUGCCUGUUCUACCCCUGCAAGUCUACCUAACUCAAAGAUCCAACAGGAGAUGCAAACGGUCAGUACAAGACAAAACCUCAGUGGUCAGGAAAGCGCAAGAAACUCACACGUGGAUGCGCCAGUUAAUUUAGAGAUAGAUCAACCACAAACUGAAUGUAAGAAACUGAACAUUAUUUCUGAGGAAUGUUUGUCUGGCACUGAGCAAGAGAACAUGGACGAGGAGCAGGAACCUCAUGAUGAUCAACAAAAUCACCAUCAACAGGUGCGUGAAAACACACCAAAGGAUGACAAGUUUAAUCAAGGUGGCAUCACACCAGUGUGGAAAGUUCAAAAGGAAAGCAGAAAUUUAAGCAACCUGGCAGAAAAUCAGGUGUCAUUUACAACAAAAGAUGACAGUGGCUUCAUAAUACAGCCUGACACUUUGGAAAAGCACUACGGUUUUGAUGUAGAUGAAUACCACAGCACCUGUGAUGAACAAGCAGAGGCGAUGCAGUCAAAAGUCCAAGUCGACCCAAUCAGCUGCUCAGUUCGUGAGGAGAAAGAACCCAGCUCGGAGGAAGUGUGUGCAGAGAGAUACAAAGAGCAGAGCUUUCCAUCGUAUCAGGCAACUCAGGCAAGCUCAAAACUGCCCAAAGGUAUCAAACGUGAAAGGGCUCUAGAAAAAGUCACACAUCAACCUGAAGAACAAAUACAGCAGUCUGUCGCAGAAAGGGUAACCCUUCUGGAAAACCAAGUUGCUGAAGCACAGAGGAGUACCAGUAGCAGACGUAUGUUUUCACAAAGACGUGCUCAUCUUGUGUCAGAUGUUGAGGAUUCGUCCUCUGACUCACACACAUCUCAUUCUGCUCUCCACACCCGAUCAGCUCCGCAGUCAUCGUUAUCUUUCAGCUACGAUUCAAAUGGAGUUGUAACCACAGAGUCUGAUGGUAACAGGGUGAGGUCCAUCAGGGAAAUGUUCCUGUCAAAAAGCGCUGCAGAUAUUCAGGGAUGUCAGAGAUGCCUUCCGAGUCCAAACACCUCAGAGUCGAGAACAGACACGUCAGCUAGCGGUGGUUAUCAGUCUCAGAUUUCAAGUGAGUUAUCCAGCGUUGAAGAUGACUCAUCACGAAAAUCAAUCAGUAAAGGCUUUGUGAGAAGAACGAUCGAAAGGCUUUACGGCAAGAAAGGUCCUCCGUCUGAUGAAGAUGCAAGCCAAAGUUCUUCAUUUGAACCAAAACAAAACAAGAAAGAAGACACUGUCAUGUCCCGGUCCAAAGCCAUAUCUGAGUUGUCUUAUUUCAGUUCCAGUAAUGCACUCAGUACCUUAACAGAAGUGACACGAUGCAUCCCGUUUAAUGCACAAGUUGGACCUGGAGAAAGUGUUCGUGUUGAUGAAGGAAAAUGUAUCCGCAAAGACAACACAUUCAUUAAAAAGUCUGUUUCAGAUCCAGUUGGAAUAAAUAAGACACUGUCUCCCCAACAUGGACAUGAAAUGUGUGAGGAUACAGAAGAGAGUCCACCAUAUUCACUUGCCAGUAGAAAGUCUGACUUGGAAGAUGAGACCAAAUCAUGUUCAACAAAGUGCACCUACUUUUCUUUGCCCCAUACGAGUGACUCAGACUUAUGUCAGGAUGAAGUGAGUGCUGUGAAUGUAGAAAGUGUUGAAGAGACAAUAGAUAAGGAGAAAAUGCAGGCAGAGAAGAACAGCACAUUGGCCCGCAUUGGUGUGACUGACUUUAAGAUGCUGGAUAACAAAGUACACCCGCUGAUAGGGGGCCCAGCUGAUGACAAAGUCAUACUUGUGCAGCCUGGGAAAGGUCAGGGUGUUGUUGACAGAAGGGUUCAGGAACCCGACGUGUUGGAUUUUUUAUACAAUUUUUGUGGACAGAACUGCCCAAUCCUGUAAUUAAUAAUUAUAUUAAUUUAA